UCGCCAAGCUGCUUAUACCCAGAGUGCAAACUGCACGUGGAUUCCUAAAGCCUGCAUUCAUCACUGAGCCGAUGGAUUUUAAAGAGUAUGGAGCUGAGUCCUCGGAGGGAGACUCGGAGGACCUGGACAGCGUGAAAGCCCUCACACAGAAGCUGAAGCUGCAGACCCGCAGACCGUCCUAUCUGGAGUGGCAGGAGCGGGUACAGAGCGGACCCUGGAAGGAGGGUCUCCCUGCAGCAGAACCGGGCUCUGGAGGAACAGAGGUCUCCGUGCCGACGAUCCUGAGGAAUGAGAACUCAGAGCUGGUUGUGCGCAACAUCUGUGGCUUUGACACCAUUGAUGAUGCUUUGGAGUUUCUGCGGAAAGAGCUGAGGGAGAUGCAGGUUCAGGACAACCGCCUGGCCCGUCAGCUGAUCCGUCUGCGUGUGGAGAUCCACCGGCUGAAAGUGGAGCAGGUGUGUGGCCGCCAUAAGGAGAUGCUGGACGAUGCCACGUACGAGCUGGAGGAGUGUGGCGAGGAGUCGGACCUGCUGUGUGACAUCCCCAUGAAGGCAGCCUUUUCCCUGUCCGGCCCCCUCAAACACCUGGGCCUCACCAAGAUGAACAUCAACUCCAGACGUUUCUCACUCUGUUAAAAACCCUCAUUUGUGUUUCUGAGGAUGUUCCCAUGGCUUCCUCUGUGUUUGUGUUGGCUACAUAUUAGGCUUAUUUCCUCCAAUUGGUGGGUGGGAAUGAACAUGACUGUGCACCUUGGCUUGACAUGCAUGAGAAAGUCUCAGUGUGGAGACCUGUAGGGGCACACCCACUUAAUACAGACACACCUUCCUGUUAGAGAGCUUCAGCUGCUCUACUGUUCACUGUUCUUUGCACAUGUCAUGUUAAUCGGAUAUAACAAGAAGGCUUGUUAAUGUGAAGGUAGAUAUGGAAGGGCACCAUUUACCCACGGGAGAGAUGCUGAAAGAUUGUCAGAAGAACAAUCUCCCUUCAGAAAAGCAGCUUCAUGGUCACAGUAGAUUUAGAGAGGUCAGCUUACUUUACAUCAGUGGUUCCCAAAAUAGGGGUUGGUGCCAAGACAGGGGUACCGUAUUUUGUUUUAGAUAUUGUGAGGCAAUUAACUGGAUAGGAAAAAUAAAUAAAUUACUGAUUACAUUUCACUGAUUAUAUUCGUGUUUAACAAGCUUUGAGCAGAUCAACUGCUACACAAAGAGUAGUUUUGUAGCACUAUAGGCUACACUCAAUUCAUGGUUAUUAAAUGUCCAUAAACAGAGAAGAAAAGUAGGAUGCAAAAUGGCUAUGGCCAAUUCACUUAAAAAUGGGGACAGAUCAUCAGGAAUUCUAUAAGUAUUUCAUUUGAGCUGGUAGUGCCUCGUUUCAUGAUGUAUGGAAGAAAAGAAAAAAAUAUACCAAGAGCAUAACAGCUAAUAUGUCACGUAAGUUAAAUAUUUACGGAAUUUAUUCAGCCAAGGCAUUUUAAUAUACUAUCAACUCUUUUAUCGCAAAUGUAAAAAGAACCUCAAGAGUGCAAAACAUUUGUUUUUUCAGAUAAUUAUAGUUUUAUCAAAAAAUGUGCACUUCCAUACAGUUUUUCCUAUGUGAUCAUUUUUAAAUGUUUAAUGCCCAAAAGGUUGGGAACACUUUGGAUUACUGUUAAAUGUGGAGUGGACUGAAAUAAGAAAAGUAAGAAGGAGGAACCUCUGGUCACGUAAAAUAAAUGAUCAGCAUUGCUUAUGUACACAUUUAAAAGGAGUACUGUAAUCCAGCAACUUAUUCCAGCUGGUAAAGCCUUCAUACUACUGUCCUCCUCACUACUAUCCUCAAAGGAAGCUGGAGGUCACUCUCCAGCAUUUCUACGCCUCUUCUUCACAAACAUAUCUCCAUAGCCUCACCACUGCAGCGACAGGACGCAGGGGGCUGUGCCUAAAGCAUUUUGUUUUCCAUUACUAUAUAUGGCUGGUGACCAAGUGUAUUCUGCGGCUCAAAGUUGAAUGCCGAUUAUAGCUUAAUAUCAUUAGCUAGCAAGUAGGAAGAUGUUUUUAUUGAGUGAUAUUUGACAUUGGUUCUUACUUUGUUAGAUGUAAAAAAAAAAAAGAAACUGCAUUAUUGUAAAAAAUA